CUCCGUUACAUCACGUGACGGUUGCUCUCACCCAGCGUCGGCGGUGUGUCACUUCUUCUGGACACCUCAAACUAAAUUAUUUAUCAGUAAUGUCUUUACGGAAAGCUAGCCACAGUUUACUUAAACCAGCCUUGGCGGUUCUGCGAUGUCCGGAUUCGGUUCUGAGCCGGAGCUACGCGGCGCUCGCCGAAGCCAGAGCGGUGCUGGAGCAGGAACUGGAUUCGAUUCGAGUCGCGGGGACGUGGAAAGCAGAGAGGAUUAUAACCUCCCAGCAGGGGCCUCAGAUCAACGUGGACGGCGGCCGCGGAGGUAUACUGAAUUUCUGUGCCAACAACUACCUUGGACUGUCCAGCCAUCCGGAGGUUGUGCAGGCAGGAAUUGAAGCUCUGAAGUCUCACGGCGCUGGAUUGAGUUCUGUCAGGUUUAUCUGUGGGACGCAGGAUCUGCAUAAACACUUGGAGCAGAAGCUUGCAGAGUUUCAUGAGAGGGAGGACUGCAUCCUCUAUGCCAGCUGUUUCGAUGCUAAUGCUGGGUUAUUUGAGGUGCUGUUGAGCCCAGAGGACGCAGUGCUGUCAGAUGAGCUCAACCACGCCUCCAUCAUUGAUGGGAUCCGCCUGUGUCGAGCCAAGAGGCUGCGCUACAAACACAUGGAUCUGAAAGACCUGGAAAGCAAACUGCAAGAGUCUCAGUCUUCUCGCAUGCGCCUGAUCGUGACGGAUGGAGUCUUCUCCAUGGAUGGAGAUGUGGCUCCUCUCAGAGGCAUCUGUGACCUGGCUGAACAGUAUGGAGCCAUGGUCUUCAUAGAUGAGUGCCAUGCCACUGGUUUUCUCGGACCCCGCGGCAGGGGAACAGAUGAGCUCCUAGGAGUGAUGGACAGAGUCCACAUUGUAAACUCCACUCUUGGAAAGGCACUGGGAGGAGCUGCAGGUGGCUACACAGUUGGCCCCAAGCCUCUCAUUGACCUGCUCAGACAGCGCUCACGCCCCUACCUGUUCUCCAACGCCCUCCCCCCGCCUGUGGUGGGCAGCGCCAUCAGCGCCGUGGAGAUGCUGCUCACCUCCAAUGAGAUUGCACAGAGCAUGACAGCCAAAACCAUGAGGUUCCGGAACAAGAUGACGCAGGUCGGCUUCACCAUUGCAGGCACUUCUCACCCCAUCUGCCCGGUGAUGCUCGGCGACGCGCGGCUGGCUUCAGUGAUGGCCGAUGACAUGCUGAAGCUGUGCAUCUAUGUGAUCGGAUUCUCCUACCCAGUCGUACCCAAGGGCAAAGCCAGGAUCCGAGUCCAGAUUUCAGCAGCACACACAGAAGAAGACAUUGACCGGUGUGUGGACGCUUUUAUCCAAACCGGGAGAAAGCACGGCGUCAUCUCCUGAGCGGCAAAAAUUGACCAGAAACUGGAGAAACGCAACCAUCCGCCUUGGCCUUACGGACCACGCUGCCUGAUACUGCUAAUCUGUGAUUGAUGGUGAUUGGAAUAUUAGUCACGUUUGUAGGUCAAUGAAGCUGAAAGUUUUUCUCUUGUGUGUGCCUUUCUGAUAAAAGGCAUCAGGACAAAGAAGAUUUAAUAUCCUCGCCUGCUUUAUCAAGCUAGAAAAAAAAUCUAGUUAAAUAAAGGACCUUGAAGACACUUCACCUUUGAUUCUGUCAACUGAACUUACAUUUCAGAAAAAUAUAUACACACUGUAAUUUUCUUUCAGGGUAAUUGUGGAGUCAAAUAUAUAAUUGAUCAAAUUUUAUGAAUAAAUUGGUAAGAAAUCUGCAAAA